UGCACCAACAACCAAUACAAUUGAAGAUAUCGUAUCAAUGGAGGUAGACAACAAUGCUGCUGAAAAAAUUAGUACUUUGCAAAUACUUAUGGAACCAAAUGAUGAUGAUGAAAUAGAAGGAACCAUCAAAAGAAUAUCAAAAGAAUUUAUAAACUUGUACAGGUAUAGUGGAGGGAGAGAUAAUCGUCCAAAAGUCCUAUAUGAUUUGGCGAUGUACUAUAAUGACAACAUUGUCAUACCAUUAAGUUUAAUGGAAGAUAUAAAAAGAAAAAUAAAGUAUAAAGGUCAAGAUG